AUGAGCACCCCACAACCGGCAUGGAAACGCAUUGCCUUGUUUAUCCUCCAUCAAUGGCUCAUUAUUGGCAUCGGUGUCGCCUGCCUGCUGGGAUACUUCUUCCCCAACGUCGCCAAACAUGGCGGCAUAAUUCGUUCGGAAUACAGCAUCCUUUAUGGCGCCGUCGCCAUCGUCUUUUUGAUAUCGGGCCUUAGUAUUCCUCAGGAUAAGCUCGUGCGGCAGCUCUUCAACUGGCGCCUUCACCUCCUCGUCCAAGUUACCUCGUUCCUCUUUAUUCCAGCGCUUGUCCUCGCUGUCGUACAUGCUAUUCUCGCUAGCGACAAGACUGAACGCAUUGAUCGCGCUGUGCUGGCGGGAUACAUAUUCACCGCUUGUAUCCCGACGACGAUCGCGUCGAAUGUGGUGAUGACAAGGUCGGCUGGAGGGGACGAUGCGGCUGCGUUGGCCGAGGUGCUUAUUGCUAACAUUCUGGGUCCGUUUGUAACGGCUGGAUGGACGGUGACGCUGCUACCGGCUUCAAAAGAGUUCGAUGUUUGGAGAGACCAGGAUGAGGAUCUCACAGCCAUGUAUCGUGACGUAUUCAAGCAACUGGGCCUGGCCGUGCUGCUGCCUCUCGCUGUUGGACAAUUUGUGAGGUUCUUGUGGCCCAAGAAAACAGGGCAUAUAUUGCAGAAGUAUAAACUUGCGAAACUUGGGUCUUUCUGUUUGCUUCUUAUGAUCUGGUCAACAUUCUCCUCUUGCUUCGCAACAGGGGCGCUCCAGGGUCUUUCGACCGAAAGCAUCGUCUUCGUCGUACUAUUCAAUAUUGCCCUUUACCUGUUCCUAACAGCCGCCUCUGCGUUCGAACAACCUUUGGCCGCUGGCAGGUCCUGA